AUGCUGGCAGCAGCGACUUCGUUCUUUGGCAGGACAAACAUCUCUGCUAAUUACAAUAUUGGUGCAUCUUCGCCUUCAAGCUCGUUACCUGGCUUCGGUUCCGGCAGUAGAUCAUCUACCCCUGGCCCAUCUGGCUCGUCGACUCCGGUGAGCGCGUCCUUACCGACACCGCAGCUAACUCCAACGUUCCAUGUCGGACCAUGGCGGGUACAGCCUGCAACACACAAAGUAACAAACAAGCGUGUGUCGGUAUGGACAUCUGACAAGCGAGCUGGAGAUGGAGAUAGGAUGAGUGUUGCUGCAAAGGAUAGGAUUGUGGAGGCCUUGAAGUCAGAGGCAUCGGCUCUUGGAAAACUGCGACAUCCUAACAUCCUAGAAAUGGUUGAGCCUGUAGAAGAAACGAGGACGGAAGUUCUGUUUGCAACAGAACCGUUGCUUUCUUCAUUAUAUCUCUCGAUUCCGAAUGCCCGUCCAUCUCCUUUGGUCGAGCUCGAUGAAGUUGAGAUACAAAAAGGCAUCUUGCAGUUAUGCAAGGGCCUAUCGUUCUUGCACACCUCGGCUCGGCGGAUACAUUCAAACCUUAAUCCGGAAAGCGUGCUAAUUAACUCAGCUGGAGAUUGGAAAAUAGGCGGACUGGGACUUACCAUCCCCUUGUCUGGUACAGAUGGUUCGCCCACGGACUGGCGAUCACCAAUCCAUGACAGCUAUCUUCCAAGCUAUGCACAACGUUCCUUUGAUUAUGUUGCUCCGGAAUAUGUCCUUGACGAGCAGCUUGUGACUGCAUCUGAUAUGUAUUCCUUGGGUUGCCUAAUUUAUGCCGUACACAACAAAGGAAGCCCACCUUUCCGGAAUCACAACAAUUCAGCCAGCCUGCGAGAGAAUAUCUCACGAGGUGUUCCAGGCCUCGAACGCUUCGACUCAGAUCUCAAAGAGCUGCUUAAAUUAUUGAUAUCACGGCACGCUGUUAAUCGACCAACUCCAGAAGCAUUGCCUUCUCAUCCGUUCUUCUCGUCGCUCUCAAUCUCAACCCUGAAUUUCCUUGAGCGUUCAACGUUUGCCUCGAAAACACGUGAAGAGAAAAUUUCAUUUAUGAAGGGGUUAACUAGCGUCCUGGACAGGUUCACUGAAGGCCUAAGGACUAGGAAGAUUUUACCGUCACUCGUAGAAGAGAUGAAAGAUACAUUCCUCCUACCCUACAUAUUGCCAAAUGUUUUCGCCAUCUCUAACAGCCUUACGCCCUCGCAAUUUGCGUCCCUGGUUUUACCCAGCUUGAAGCCUCUGUUCGCGUUGAAAGAGCCACCGCAAAAUAUGAUAACCUUACUGGACAACUUGUCGCUCCUGCAAAGUAAAACAGAUAAGGCCGUAUUUAGGGAACACGUCCUUCCUCUUGUAUAUAACGCUUUAGAAUCUGAUCAUGCUAUGGUACAAGAACGAGCUCUGAAAGUUGUACCAGACCUCUGUGAAACUAUCGACUAUGCCGAAGUACAAGGUGUAUUGUUCCCGCGUGUAGCACUUGUCUUUACGAAAACAAGGAUUUUGUCCGUGAAAGUUGCAACGUUAGAGACAUUCCUUGCGAUGGUUAAGACUUUGGAUAAGCUGAGCCUGACACAGAAGCUUGUACCACUUCUUUCACGAAUAAGAACCAAAGAACCCGCCGUAAUGUUAGCUACGUUAGCAGUACAGGAAGCGAUGGGCAACAAGGUUGAUCGGGAGGCAGUUGCAACGUUGGUCUUGCCUCAGCUUUGGAUAAUGUCCAUGGGACCGUUAUUGAAUGUCUCCCAAUUUCAACGUUUUAUGGCGGUGAUAAAAAAGCUCGGCGAUCGUGUCGAACGCGAACAUCUGCAACAUCUGAAAGAUUCGAAUCGUAUCGAAGAUCAUACGAGUUCUGGGACUGGUGCGACUGCGAAUGGCACAACUACAGGCGGUCUAGACUUUGCAAGCCUUGUUGCCGGAGCAUCGACUAGCACGGUUAAACCCGAUGCUGUUAUUGAGAACGGAAAGAGUUGGGAUGAUGACGUCUGGGGCAGUUUACUGAACGAUGUACGAAGCCCUAAGGUACAGAGCCCAGCAGCAACAUCAACUACCUUCCAGGCGCAAGUCUCAACUGUCUCACCUAACCAACCAAGCCUUCCUCCACCAUUGACUUCGCCAUCAAGCUUCUCACGACCAUCAAGUAAUACAGCAGCAUCCAGAGUCCCAUCCUCAACAUUCAGCCCACCCCCGUUAGCACAGUCAAUACAGUCACCAACAUUGAGCAUGUCGACGCCUCCAUUAGCUCAGCAACAGCCCUUGCAGCCCACAUUUCCGAAUUACACUUCUCCUUCCUUGUCUCCCGCCCCUGCUACUGGUCCUUUACAGCCCAGCAAACCAAAUUACAAUGUCACGUUGCCUCCUGCUGCUCCUUUCCAAUCCUCACCCAUUGUUCCACUGGCUGGUUCACCUCCGCCGAUUACGAUGAACACGAUGUUAACGCCUUCCACUCCUGCACAGCCUUGGAAUGCCAACGCUGCGAAGAAACCUGGUAAAGCAGAUUGGGGAGAUUUUGAUCCAUUAGCGUAG